AAACAUGGCCAAGAAUCGUCUGACAACCCUGGAGAAGAGCCUGAUCCUGCUGUUUGUGCUCCUGACGGGAGCAUGCGUGGGCCUGGUGGCCAUAUACUUCACUGAGAAGAACCAAGGCGCUCCCAUUGGUGCAGAGGGUCUGGACUCAGGAUGUGGAGGCCCCCAGGAGCUGUCUGGGGAUUCCGGAACCUUCACCAGUUGGCACUUCCCCAAUCACUAUGACAACGGCAGGGGCUGUUCCUGGCAAAUCACUGUGGCUGCGGAUAAGGUGAUCCAGCUGUGGUUUGAGGAGUUUGCAUUGGAGGAUUCAGAUAUGUGCGUGUCCGACUUUGUCACCCUGAGGGACUCACUAGGAAUCAUGGGUAAGUAUUGCGGCUACACCAAGCCCAGGACCCUGGUGACCCUGGAGAACCGGCUGAUGGUCUACUUCGACAGCAACGACUUGAAGACAGACCAAGGCUUCAAGGCCCAUUACAAGGCUGUAGCUCCAGAGAGCACCGGAGAAAUAGCCGGGGCGGGGGGCUCUCUGCAAGGUGACCAGGGGCAUCUGUUGACCCCCGGAUUCCCAGCACAGAAUUACCAAAAUGGAGCAUUUUACCAGUGGAAGAUCUCUGUCCCAGAGGGGGAGAGGGUUCGGCUGACCUUCACCUCGUUCGACCUGGCCCCGGAGCUCUGUGGAGACUAUGUGGAGGUCUUUGACGGCCACGCAGCCGGAGCAGCCAAACUGGGGAAGCUCUGCGGCAGGAAGCUCCCCAAACCCCUGGAGUCCAGCGGCCGCACCAUGGCCCUGCGCUUCAGGACGGACGCCACGCUCACCUCCAGGGGCUUCAGCGCCACCUACACCAAGACCAGCCUGCCCCCGGUGGUCCCCCCCACCACCACGCCCCGCCCAGCCCCCACCAUCCACCCCGGCCCCACCGCACCGCCCCUGGACUCAGGCUGCGGCGGGCCCCGGCUGCUCUUUGGCCGAAAGGGGGUGAUCCACUCCCUGGGUUUCCCGUCCAGCUACCCCGCCGAGCUGCAGUGUAACUGGACCAUCCGGGCGCCCGCGGGCCGCCUCAUGGAGCUGCGCUUCACCGACAUGGCCAUCCCCGGGGAGAUGGGCAAGUGCCCCGAGGACGCGCUGACCAUCUCAGACAGCUACCGGACCCUAGGUACUUACUGCGGCUACGUCCUCCCUCCUGUGCUGGUGAGCGCCGGCGACACCGUGGAGGUCAGCUUCCGCUCCGACAGCCGGCUCACCGACCGAGGGUUCUCCGUCAAGUGGCGCGCUGUCUACCCCGAGGACAUCCCAGAGAUCCAGGGUUGUGGCGUGUCGAGCCACCAGGAGAAUGGGAUCAUCAAAUCCCCAAACUGGCCCAUGAAUUACAAGCCCAAUGGAGAGUGCUUGUGGACCGUUGAGGUGCCAGUGGGCAAACGCAUCCAGCUGAGUUUCACCCACUUUGACAUCGAGGCCAAAUCUCUGAUGAGCCCAAAAUGUCUGGACUACGUCGAGAUACAGGACAUCAGAACCGGCGAUGGCGUACUGUUGGACAAUUAUGGUCCAUUCUGUGGCUCCAAGCUGCCGCCGUCCAUCCAGACGAAGGGCAACAGGCUGGUGAUGCGCUUCACCUCUGACCUGUUCACCGAAGGCUCGGGCUUCAGGGCCUACUGGUCCACAGACGCCAGCUUGCCCGCCCCCACCGAGCCCCCGCCCCCACCCAACCCCUGGGACGACCUCGCCAUAGACUGGCCUGUGACGUGUGGAAAACCUACAACCCCCCCCACUGUGAACGCCCGCAUCGUUAACGGAGAACCAGCUAAGCCCAACUCCUGGCCCUGGCAGGUGUCCAUGCAGGUGUGGCCAGCGAAUCGUCCUACUCCAAGCUUCUCUCACACCUGCGGUGGCACACUGAUUCAUAAGAACUGGGUGCUCACUGCAGCCCAUUGCUUCAUAAACUAUGCGGACGAGCUGCAGCGCUGGCGCAUGUGUCUGGGCAAACACAACCUGACCUAUGAGGAGCCCAGCGAGCGCUGCUUCCAGGUGUCCGGCAUCUUCCGGCACGAGGGCUUCAAGUACCCCACCCUGCCCACGGUGGAGUACGACAUCGCCCUGGUGCGGCUGAGCGGCGCGGUGGAAGAGAGCCCCGAGGUGGCGUACGCCUGCCUGCCCAGCCCGGACGAGGUCCUGACAGGGGGGAAGGUCUGCUACGCCACGGGCUGGGGAGACGAAACCGGCAGCUCCAUGAACCCCAAGGUGGCAGAGGCGCUGAACCAGGUGGCCCUGCCCGUGAUGCCCUACGCCACCUGCAAGAGGAUGGACUACUGGUGGUUCCAGGUGAAGAGCUCCAUGAUCUGCUGUGGGUACACCCUUCCUGACGAGCUCAAGUCCGUCUGCCAGGGGGAUUCAGGCGGACCCCUGGUGUGCCAGGACUCCCCCACCAGCCCCUGGGAGGUGCACGGCAUCACCAGCUUCGGCCCCAUCGGCUGCAUCAUGGACAAGAAGCCCUCUGUGUUCACCCGCUCCUCCGCCUACAUCCCCUGGGUCCACAACGCCAUCCGCAGGGACAUAUACCGCACCCACACCUCUGGAUGUGGCGGGCCCAAGGUCCUGAGUGGCCCUACCGGGGGAAACAUCUCCUCCAUGGGCUUCCCCGGUAGCUACAGCAACCAGGCCGCCUGCCAGUGGACCAUCAGAGCCCCCGCCGGCCAGCUAGUUCACCUCCACUUCCACCAGCUGAGCCUUGAGGAGAGCAUGCUCUGCAUCAACGACAAGCUCUCCGUCACAGACAGCCUGGGCAGCCUAGGAACCUUCUGCAGUCACAGCGCUCCUCAGGACCUUGUGAGCCACGGAGAGGAGCUCCACAUCAGCUUCUCCUCCAACUCCCGCGUGGUGGACACCGGCUUCCUUGCCUCUUGGAAGGCCGUGGACCCCGCCUCCCAGGCUGCCUGUGGAGGUCGCUUCAGCAGCAACCAGGGGGAGAUUACCUCCCCAGGCUGGCCCAGCGACUACCCCGGCCAGGCCGUCUGCACCUGGCAUAUCACCAUCCCCUCCGCAACCGCCAUACACCUGGCCUUCACACACUUUGAGGUCCAGGCUGUCAACCAGCUCGGCAUGUGUCUAGACUACGUGGAUAUCUUCCAGGGGACGGACAUGUCAUCCAAAGGUCGGUUCUGUGGGUUUUCCCCGCCUCCGAAGAUCACCAUCGACAGCAACACAGCAAUUAUUCGGUUCCUUAGCAACGGAGACAAUCAUCAGAGUGGCUUCCGUGGGUACUGGACCACCGACGCCAACGUGUUCCCCACUUUGCCUCCUCCACCCGUCAACCCAUGGGACAGCAUCAACAUCACCUGGCCGGAGGACUGUGGCAGCCCGGCAGUGACCCCCAACACCGCCACCCUCAGGGUGGUCAACGGGGUGGAGGCAGUGCCCCACUCCUGGCCCUGGCAAGUAUCCAUGCAGGCUACUCCUAUGGCUGCCAUUCCCUACAUGCACGGCUGCGGAGGCUCCCUGAUCCAUGAGGAGUGGAUCCUCACUGCGGCCCAUUGCUUCAUGAUGCCGCUGAACAACUCCACGUUCUGGCGCAUGUGUCUGGGAAAGCACCACAUGAACUCGUCCGGGGACGUGCCCUCGGCGGAGGCCUGCUACCAGGUGGACGGCAUCGUGCGCCACCCGGGCUUCGUCUACGAGACGGACCGCGGCGACAUCAGCAACGACGUGGCGCUGGUGCACCUGGCGCGGCCCGUCAGCAUGACCCGGGAGAUCAGCCCCGUGUGCAUGCCCGCGCCCGGGGCAGUGCUGCCCGCCGGGACCCCCUGCUACGUCACCGGCUGGGGUGACGAGAAAGGGAACUUGUUCCCCAAGGUGUCCCAGCAGCUGAACCAAGCCGCCCUCCCAGUGGUGGACUUUGGGACCUGCAGUAAGCCAGCCUAUUGGUGGGACGUCCUGCGACCCUCGAUGAUUUGCGCCGGCUAUGAGUCCCCAGAUGAGCUCAAAUCAGCCUGCCAGGGUGACUCCGGGGGUCCGUUCGUCUGUCAGACCACCGGGGCCACCAAGUCCAGCUGGGAGGUCCAUGGGAUUGUGAGCUUCGGGGCCCAGGGCUGCGUCAAGGACAAGAAGCCCUCUGUCUUCACCCGGGUCUCGGCCUUCAGCGGCUGGAUCGAGGACAACAUCAGGAAGUUCAUCUAUGAGAGAGUUUAGAAACAAUAUCAGUUUUGAGAAAAUGGUUUGGCUGGGGUUUCUUACUCUUAAUGCCUGAACGCUAUGUCCCUCCUAGUUUAAAUGGACGUGUCAUUCAGAGUGAGUGGGUGACUUCAUUUACCUUCAUGAUGCAUAUGUGGGUAGCUCCACUUGGGCUCGACUGAGGUGUUGCCUUUAAGAUGAAAUACACCUUCGGGUGCUUUUUUUUAUUGGUUGCUGGUUAACGAGCUUGAACACUCAUUAGGCAUUCCUCCAUAAUUAAGGACAAAUUCUUCGACGGUGUGCAAUAAGGCCCUGCUAAUAAGAGUUGUGAAUACUGAAUACUGAAAUAGAAGAAUGUUUACUUCCUUCAAAUCCCAGAACUACUGAAUGUAACAUUUUUUAUUUCGUAAAUAAAGAGAAUGCCAUGUUCUACUUGCCAUAUAUGCAUAUGUCAUAUGGUAAUGACAACGUCAACCUUAAAGCUAACCUAAAUGGAUUCUGUUGUACAUGUGUCCAUCAAAAUAAAAAAAAUAA